GAAUCGAACAAGAACAUCAUACGGCUAGGUGCACCGUGCAUGUGGCAUACCGAGAUUGCGAAAAACGGGAUACGGUGCUUCGGUGGACAAGGCCAUACUGUAUUUCAUGAGAUCCAUCAUGGAUGAACUUCGACGUGUCAAGCGGGGACGAGGUGGUGGUGAUUCGGGGACGGAAUCCAUUGCCGAUUUUGCUGAAAAUGCCGGUCCCGCCUUUGCCCAUCAUGACAGCGAUAACAAUCGGCAAUUCGCCAGACCGAAGACAACACAAUUUAAAUGCGUGCCGCGCUACACCACGCACUGAUGUUCACAGCAUAUUCGGGACUCAUUUUGAUUUGUGUACAAUAAACCUGACGCCGGAUUCAUCGCGUACGACUUGGAUCUCCGCUUUUACCCUAUGGCAGUUGUUUGUCUGUUGGAACCGUCCGGCUGAUGUGGUUGUCGUACGAAGCAGGGAAUAAUAUUGAACCGAACAGUAUUCAACGAUCGUCGAUAUAUCACGCGGAGCAGGGAAUCAGUAGAGAGGGAAAUGGAUGAGUGCGCUGAGAGUCCUGAGCUGUCAGCCAGCGCUGCUCAACAGUAGGCGCACAUGUGAUGCAUAAUAGUCCACCGCGCCUUGUCAUUCCGCGCAGUUCCCUUUUCCCGCUGCAUGCGCUGUUUCCUUCUGUGAUCCCUGGCAGUGUGGCGCUCCCUUUCCAGGGUCCAUUGUGCGGAUCUGUAGCUGCUGCUAUCGCCGAGCGCAACUAGUCACCAAUCGGUUGACCGUGUUGCCAUUGUUUUAAUUUUGAGCCUUUCCAUCGCAUUCCUCGUAACAAUGGCGGCACCGGGCAACAGCGGGAUGGAACAGCUGAUCCCCAUUGUCAACAAACUGCAGGAUGCUUUUGCCCAGUUGGGUGUGCCCUUAUCGCUGGAUCUGCCACAGAUUGCUGUGGUCGGCAGUCAAAGCGCCGGAAAAAGUAGUGUCUUGGAGAAUUUUGUCGGCAGAGAUUUCCUUCCUCGAGGCUCUGGAAUCGUUACACGUCGACCUUUAGUGCUGCAGCUAAUUAACAGUCCAACCGAAUAUGGAGAAUUUCUACAUCAGCGCGGCAAGAUAUAUCAAGACUUUGAUGCGAUACGUAAGGAAAUCGAGGAUGAAACAGAACGUGUUACGGGUAGCGAUAAAAACAUUUCACCGGCUCCCAUCAACCUCCGAGUGUAUUCGCCACACGUGUUGAACCUAACGCUGAUUGAUCUUCCUGGCAUGACCAAAGUGCCCGUUGGUGAUCAACCGAUUGAUAUUGAAGUUCAAAUUCGCAACAUGAUUCUGACGUUUAUUUCUAACGAAAACUGCCUAAUUUUGGCUGUAUCUCCGGCCAACUCGGAUCUCGCUAAUUCGGAUGCGUUAAAAAUUGCAAAGGAAGUUGACCCAGAAGGACUGCGCACAAUUGGCGUUAUUACCAAACUGGAUCUUAUGGACGAAGGCACGGACGCACGGGACAUAUUGGAGAAUAAACUGCUGCCUUUGCGCCGUGGAUACAUUGGCAUUGUUAAUCGCAGCCAGCGGGAUAUCGACGGGAAGAAGGACAUCAAAGCCGCACAAGAUGCGGAGAGAAAAUUUUUCAUUACGCACCCAUCUUAUCGACAUAUUGCCGAACGAAUGGGAACAUCUUAUCUCCAACGCGUCCUGAAUCAGCAGCUCACCAACCACAUUCGUGAAACUCUUCCUGGUCUACGGGAUAAACUGCAGAAACAACUAUUAGCCAUGGAAAAAGAUGUGGCCGAGUAUAAGAAUUACCGCCCAGAUGAUCCUGGUCGUAAAACCAAAGCGAUGAUGCAAAUGAUUCAGACUUUCGCUGUGGACUUCGAAAAGAACAUUGAAGGGAAUGCUAUGGGAACAGGUGAAAUCAACACACUGGAGCUGUCAGGUGGUGCAAAAAUCAAUCGCAUCUUCCACGAACGAUUUCCAUUUGAAAUUGUCAAGAUGGAAUUCGAUGAGAAGGAGCUGCGCCGCGAAAUUGCUUAUGCCAUCCGCAAUAUCCACGGCAUUCGCGUGGGAUUGUUCACGCCUGAUAAAGCAUUCGAAGCCAUGACUAAACGACAAAUUGCCCGCUUAAAGGAGCCAUCACUGAAAUGUGUGGAUUUGGUGGUAGCUGAAUUAUCCAGUGUGAUUCGCCGAUGUAGUGAACGGAUGAAUCGAUAUCCUCAUCUACGGGAGGAGAUUGAGAGGAUCGUUGCGCAACAUAUUCGCGAUAGGGAGCAGUUCACCAAAAAUCAAUUGAACCUCCUGGUUGAGAUCGAGCUGGCUUACAUGAAUACCAACCACGAAGACUUUGUUGGUUUUAGCGCUGCAGCUGCUACGAGCGGAUCAACAGACCAGUCCGCAGCCCAAGCAGUGAAAAAGAUCGGUAACCAAGUUAUACGAAAAGGCUGGAUGGCGAUACACAAUUUCAGUAUAAUGCGCGGUGGCUCGAAAGAGUUCUGGUUCGUGUUAACCAGCGAAAGUUUAGCGUGGUUUCGGGACCAAGAAGAGAAGGAUAAGAAAUUCAUGCUGAUGUUGGAUGGGCUAAAACUGAAGGAUUUGGACGCGGGUUUUCUAUCACGCAGGCCUAUGUUUGUAAUUUUCUAUCCCGAUGGCAGAAAUGUUUACAAGGAAUUCAAGCAGCUUGAGUUGUCCUGUGCCAGCCAGGAUGAUGUGGACGGCUGGAAAGCGUCCUUUUUGCGGGCGGGUGUGUAUCCGGAGAAGCGAGUAGAGGAGAACGGUCCACACGAAAAUGUAAUAAGCAUUUUUUUGUUUUAUUUCGAAAUAUUGCAUGACCGUUCUUUCUUAAAGGGCAUGGAUGGUUCGGCGGACACCGCGUCCAUUGAUCCACAGCUGGAGCGUCAGGUGGAAACGAUUCGCAAUCUUGUCGGUUCAUACAUGCAGAUUAUCAAUAAAACAAUCAAAGAUCUCGUUCCGAAGACCGUGAUGCAUCUGUUAAUGAACGAAACUAAAGAGUUUAUACACGGUGAGCUGCUAGCUCAGUUGUACUCCACAACCGAUCAAUCACAGUUGAUGGAGGAAAGUCCCGAAGAGUCCCGGCGGCGCGAUGAAAUGUUGCGGAUGUACCAUGCUUGUAGUGAGGCUUUACGAAUCAUCGGUGAUGUGUCCAUGCAAACGGUGUCGACACCCCUACCGGCUCCCGUUGCCAAUGAUUGGCGUAUUGGAUUAGAUCCCGGCGGCGGCGGAGCUCGGCGUCCUCCACCUUCACCGCAGCCCGUUCGACCUCCUGGUCCAGGUCUUCCACCCGGAGGGCCAGGCGGUCCCCCGCCACCGCGUCCAGGCGGCCCGCCACCACCGGGCUUCCGUGGACCACCGCCGGGAGGGCCCCGAGGUCCUCUUCCACCAGGCAUGAUGCCACCGGGUAUGCCGCCCAUUCGACCGGAACAGGUGCGAGCCGGCCUGCAGAUGGCUGGCCAGAUGAUGAACAUGAUGCAACAGAUGGGCCCGGGUGCGCCUCUCGUGCCGCAGCGACCCGGCCAAGGGGCUCCCCCGCCGCCUCAGAGAACUCCGCAGUGAGCGGAAGAUUUAUCAUAGGAUUGUUCAUGUGGUUUGAUUAUUUUAUCCUGAGAUUGUCUUGUACUAGUGGAUUUUACCGCGCAUGAGAGAAAUAGGAGGCACUGCAAUAAUGAUUGUAUUGUCCGCUUGUAUUGCUGGAGUUGAUUAUGACCUAUCUGUGGAACAGAAAGUAUCGCAUGUGUACCAAGUGUUAUACAGUUUUGUGCGCUUUAAUCGUCUAUUUGGCUACAAGUGCUGUGAUUUGAUUUUAAAGGUUUAAAGUAUUUCUUUGAGGUAUGGCUUUAUCUGGAGUAUUUAUUGCAUGAAGCGCUAAUGGUAUGGGAGACAAUAAAUAGCUGGUAUAAGUGGAA